AUGAAUUCAGAGUCUUUUGAGAAAGCAUUGAACGGAGACACCAAUGGUUGGUUGAAAGGAGAAUGCUCAUUUUCGUUUCGCGACUCUAUUCCGUUGUUGGCAGAAUUAGAUUAGGAAGAUGAGUCAAACAUAUUAUGCUUUAUUCUGAAAAUAUCUGGUUACCGACAAGGAACUAAUUUAGCUUAUGUUUGGCUUUUAAAGAUAUUAUUCUCUAUGCUUGUCACUUUAUUUGGAGAAAAUUUGAGUUCUUCCUAUUUUUAAUUAGCUUUCAAGUAAGAAAACGCUUUACUAUCUACUUUUUUUGGUUCACCAUAUUAGUUUAGUUCCUCAACGACUAAAAUGAUCUUUUUAGCAGGCGAAACGUGGGUGCUUUCAGAUUUUCUGUGGGUUAAUGACUAUCUAUGA